CAUACAAGUAAUCUCCAAUAGACUAUCAAAUUAUUUUCAUGCACCGUCUCGUGUGUUGUCUUAUUUAAAUUCUGAGAAUUUAAGUUAUAAAUAGCCAUACUAGAUUAACAACACAAUGCAUAUGAUAAAAAUUACCACUGUAUAUGUUGCUUUACCAGGCAGUUGAUCUGGAUUAUACACUAGGAUAUGCAACAGUAUCCACUUUUUCUCCUGGAAAUUUUUUAUUCCGACUACUAUAUUGACUAUCCUGAAAGCUUCUUGUAAUUCCAAAAGACUAUACUAAAAUUAUGUUGAAACUUAAACCGUAAAGUUAGUUUUUCAAAUUUGUCAAUCUCUAAUCUUAUUCUUCUUUUAAUACGUUUUAAAAACAAUAUCGUACUAACUAUGAAGUAAUAACUGUUUAUUCCUGCUUAGAAAUCUGUGUAGGAAAAUAGAAACAAUAGUAGUACGUCAUUCCAUUUGCUGAAUAAUGUUUUUUUUUCUAUCAUUAUAAUAUUCUUUGUUAUAAUCAGCUUGAGAACUUUCUCAAUUGAUGGUCAAAUAAUGUUUGAUAAUUAUGGCCAAUUAAUAUUUUCGUCACUUAGUCGAAAUCAGGAUAAUAUAUGCGAGCAGUCAAAUACACUUUCCCCAAUUGCAAAUAGUUUUGUUAAAACAAUUCAAAUGUGUUUUAGAUUUCUUCGACAAUCAAUUGUAACUUACUGUAAAAUGAGGAAGGCCAAAGUAUUAAAAAAAGUCCCUACAUGUGCAAGUAGUUUUUCGAUGAAUUCUUAUUAUCGUUAUCCGUAUCCGGAUAGUACAACAACUGAUUUAGCGCAACUACAAAGACUGAAUGUAAUCGAUUUGCAGUGUGAUAGUACCGGUUUAUUUUAUUGGGUAACUGAGAGAAAAUUUUCAAAUAUAUGUUUGACGAUGAAAGAAAUGAUUCGCUGUCAGUUUGAAAAUCAUAUCAUUGUAUGCAUCAUGAAACAACCUAAAGAAAUAAAAUCAGGUUUAGCUAGUUUUGUACUUCCACUCAGAUCAACUUCGAUACCGGUCGAAGAAUUGAAACCAAUAAUUAUUUUGUGUGAAGCUAAAGUUAUUGAAAAUGAAUGGCGAUCUCUGAAAAAUCUCCCAAAUAUCUAUGUCUUUUCAGGAUCGCCAUUAAACAGAGCAAAUCUUCGAGCUGCCGGUGUUGAAAGAUGUUCAACUUGUGUUGUACUUUCAUGCUCAUUUGAUAUUUCUGGAAAGCCAUCAUUAAUGAUAGAUAAAGAAAGUAUCCUAUGUACUUUGAAUAUUCGUCAAUUGUUAGCUGAUGCACAUAAAACAAAUAUUUUAAAUAUGACUGAACACAAUCAUCCUAUGCUUGUAACUGAGCUUUGUAAGUUUAUGAUAAUGUAUUACUACAACUGAUUAAGCUUUCAUUGAAUAUCUAUGGCUAUAUUUUUCUAAAUCUUUCAACUACAUCAUUAGAUUUCGGUAUGCGACAAUUGUAUGGAGAACAGGGUCAUACAUUUAUCGGUUAUACAAUGGAUCCAUUUUAGUUCACAGGAUCAUAUCAACCACCUAACAACAGUUCGAAAUUCACAAUGAAUAAUCAGAUGUAACAAAUAGGUGAUGCGCUUCAAUGUAUUAAAGGUUAGAUUCAAAUCUAAGUAUAACAAUAAAAUAAUGAGUUAAAAAUACAGAAGACAGAGACAACAAAUUCAGAUAACCUUUUAUUCAAAUUAGACGAAAACAAAAUUAUAAAUUUGUGACAAAAGGAAGUGAGAUGCACUGAAUAUAACAAAGUAAUAUAUGAUUAUUUUAUAACACUUAUUACUUCAUCAAAAACCUUCCUAAACUUGAUUUAUGGCUGACGUGAAACAAACCGUUCAUGCAUUUUCCCUAUUUCAUAAUUGUUUCUGAAGUGUAAAUAAACAUUGUUAUCUUUAUGAAAUUGAAUAAAGCCAAAACAACAAUUGAGGCAAAUUAAUAUGAAUCCAUUACUGAGAGGCGCAACGGCUCGGCAUUUGUUUAACACCGAACGUACCACUGACGUUCCACAAACCUUCAAAAUUAUUAACAGAUAAAAAAACUGAGCAUCUCUCAGGUUCGUCGAAGCAAUAGCAAUAAAAAAAACUCACAUCAGAUUUAUGUAUUCAGAAAUUGACAAUAAUAAACUUAUCACUACCUUGGUAAAUUAUUUUUGUCUUUAUCAUUAUUACAUUAGUGCUUACAUUGUUAUGUGGUCUUCCCUUAACUAACACCAAAACUAUCCCUUAACUCAUACGUUUUCAUUCAUUUAAUUCUCUUAUGUAAACUCUUCAAAUCCUGUUCCAUUAUCACGUAACUCAUAAAUUUCUAAUUCCAGUAACUUUAUGUAAAUCUUUCACAACCCCUAAAUUAUCCCACAAUCUAUCUUAUUAGUCUCUGGACCUCAAUUAAUUAAUGCAUCAUCCACCCCUUAUGUUUUUGAAUACCACCCCCAAAUGACCUCUAACAUGUUCUUACAUAUAUAUCAGUUAUUACUGAUAACCUUUAUCGUUCUAAUUCGUUCCGCCAUCAAUGUCAUUUGUUUCACAUUAUAUCAUACCUCAUUGUUACCUUUAUAUACACAAAUGGUUGUUAGCAGCUGAUAAGAAACCACAAAAUAUAAUGAAUUCAUAUUAUUCUGCCUCAAUCAUUGUUCUGGCUUGAUUCAAAAAUUGUUAAAUUAGCUUAGAUUUUUGUACCUUAAUGUAAAUUUGAUAUUUUAAUGAAUCUGUUCAAAGAUCUGAAAUACUUUUAAUGUACAGUUCAUAGCAUUUUCAACUUUUUACUUUCGAAACCAACUCCUUAAUAUUGUGAUUCUGUAUACAAUAUUGGUGUAAGCAAAAUCGUUCAAAAAUAAACAUUUAUUUAGGGAGAUUCAAUAUGUAUGUUUAUUUGCAACGUUUUCUAAAACACAUUUAUUCUUACCAGUCUCUUACGUACUUUACUAUUUCUUCACAAUUUUUAUCAAAACUGUUAUAUCCCGAUAAGAAUAAUGAAUGGUAAUUUUCGGGAUCCAUUUAUGGACCAAUACUAUGAGUAUAUUUUAUCGUGUAAUUGUUAUGUAACUAAACUGUUCAUAUUCAUGUCCCUGUUAUUAUGAGUUUUAUUUUGACCUAUGAACUAUUAUUAUACGACUUACCAUUCUUGAAUUAUUCCUUGCCUGUUGAUCACUACCUCCCUCGUUCACAGACACUUUUGGUCAAAUAUUGUACAAAUGUUAUUUUCUAUUUUAUGAUGAUGUAACCAAUGCAAGUCUUCUAUCAACUAAAUCAAAAUAUGGAAGUACUUACUUCAAUCCAUUAAUUGCCUCAGGAAAUAUUUUCGAAUCUAAUGUCUUGCAUAGUCUUUCAUCAAAUGUACUAUUCGAUCCGACUGUAAUAACAUUUAUUGAGACAAUUUUAGGCGGUGGACCAGGUCAUGAAGUAGAAAAGGUAUUUGCUAUAGAUAGUGGUUUCUUUCCAGGCUUAAAGGGACAACCAGUCAGUACUUUGACAUUUCCAGGUUAUCUAACUGUAAUCGAUUAUAUUCCAGUGAAGUACAAAAUACUUUGUCAACUACUGGUUCUAUCUCUGAUUUUCUGAAUAAUGAACACAAUAAAUCAUUUUUAAAGAAGAACUGUUUAAGCGGAAAUAUAUCCCAGUUUGAUGGACAAACAAGAUCACGUCAAUCAAGUGACUGCUAUGUAGAAGAACUUUUGAAAGAGAAGACAGAUUCUAACUAUAUAACAGCAGAUAAUGAACAAAUAAAUGUAAAAAGUUUUUUAAGCUAUAAAACUGAAACAGGCGAAGCGAUUGCUGUUCGGCUAUCCCAACUUCGUUUAAUACCCCUUAUGGAAUUGGAUAAAGAACUUCAUCAUCUAGCUUCGCAGAAAAUUCUGACUUUCAGUCAGUUAUUUCAUGCUGAGUUGGCAAGUACCGGAACAAUAUCAAUCGGUCUUUAUCGAAGUGUUGAAGCUAGCAAUAAUAUGGAUGAAUGUUUGUCAUGUAAAAACAUAUACCUUGAAGCAAGUGGAAAAAUCGAAAGAUUUGUUUACACAUUACCAGAACCUACAACUCUAAUAUACCCAAAUGAUAUGGUUUACUGCCUUACAGCGAUGACUGAAAAUCCAAUGGUGGGGUAGAGGAGAAAAAUAUGCAACGAAAUCAUUCAUCUUUUUUAUCCGCUUUUACUGAGAUCAGUUGUCACGUUUGUUUCCAUGACAGUUACCCUUGUUGAUUG